GCAUCCAAUGAGUAGAAAAAAACAUAUAAUUAUGCAAUAAAACAAACUGUUUAGGUUUUAAUUAAAAGCUGAACACAUAGAUUUAAUCUAACAAAACCCUUAUUUAAAUAUCCUACACGGAGGACGUCGUCUCAGAGGCAGCUGCAGCGGCGGCGAAGGCGGCGUCUUUGUCGGAGUCAUCGGGAUCUUUGGCGGGAUUGGAUUUGUCGAUUGAGGAGCGGAGUUUGUCGAGGAAAGGCUUGAAGGCGAUCUCUAUUGCUAACCAUCCAAAAGCCAAAGCUGCAACCACGACAGUCGCAUGUUUCGCUCCCGAAGCUUUUCCCAUCGCUUGUUGUAGUCUCCUUUGCUUGUCGGUGGAGUGUUUCGAUUCGACGGCUGAAGGUUAAGCGGUUGCUAAGGUGUUUAGGUUGAUUCAAACGGGCCGGUUUGGGCUUAUGAUUGGACAAUGUAAGUAGUUGCGACAAAAUAUUUUAUGAUUUAUAGUUUCAAUUUUUUCUUACUAUAUCAUUUUAUUAACAUAUCUUGUGAUCUAUAUCAUUUCUAAUAAUGUUUUGACUAAUUUUUAAAAAUGUUUGUUUUGAUCAGUUUUUUCUUGUUGCUUCAAUAUUGGUCACUCCAAAAUAAACGACAAAAUGUAAAGAAGUAUUAAGUGGUUGGACAAAACUAUUAUAUCCCAACAUAACAAAAUCAUAUGUUAGAAACUAUUAGCACUAAAGUAUUUGAUUUUUUUUUACUAGAGUAUUUGAAAUAGACAACCAACGACGAAUUCAAACUUCCUUCUUUAUAGUCUUCAGCAACUAAACACAAUAAAUCAAUAUUCUAAAAAAAAUUUGGGAUGUUAAGAAUAUUUUAAAAUCUCUCUUUCCACAAUAUACAUACAUCAUAUUCAUUGUUUUAUUCGUUUUCUUAUAAAUUCUAACCUGGACUUUCUCUUCCAUUAUUCACUUGUCAAAACCGAUUCAAUACAAAAAAAAUACAUCAAUAAAUUGCAACAAUAAAAAAAUAAAUGAAGUUGGUGAAAUUUGACAAAUUUAGCACCGAGCAAUAAAGGGUACUCAACGUGGUUUGGUUAACCCAACAUAAUGGUUUAGCUGAAAUAGAUGUUUUGGUUUGAUCUCCAAAAGAAAACGGACCAGUUCCAGUUUCAAACGCGCGUUAUAUAAUUGGGGGACUUUUCAACUUAAUUAUAAAUUUAACGUGCAACAAACACAAUCUAUCAGAAGAUUUAUUUAUUUAUUUCAAAUUUCUUCAAAACCAAAAUUUCUUGUAUCGUCCGUUGAGGAGAAACUUCAAACCAACCAAACAGCCAUGAACGAUCUUCUCUCCCGCUCUUUCAAACGCUCCGUAGCCGACGACUCAUCGCCGCCUCACUCGCACACUAUCGAGAUGCCAAAGGCUAAGUACUCAGGCGGGAACAAUCUCGACAAGUUCUUCCUCGAUGUAGAGGAAGUGAACAGUGAUCUGAAAGAGCUCGAUCGCCUCUGCCACAGCCUCCAAGUGAGCCACGACAAGAGCAAGACGCUCCAUAACGCUAAGGCUGUCAAGGAGUUGAAGGACAAGAUGGACUCUGAUGUGUCUAAGGCGCUCAAGACGGCGAAGCGUGUGAAAGGAAACCUCCAGGCACUGGAUCGUUCGAAUGAAGUGAACCGGAGUUUACCGGAAUGCGGACCGGGUUCAUCUUCUGACCGGCAAAGGAUGGCGGUGGUUAAUGGUUUGAGGAAGAAGCUGAAAGAUGCGAUGGAUCAUUUUAUGCGAGUGAGAGAGACUAUCUCGACGGAGUACAGAGACACAAUUCACCGGUUGUACUUCACCGUCACCGGAGAAAAUCCCGACGAGGAUACCGUCGAUCACCUAAUUUCUACAGGAGAAAGCAAAACGUUUUUGCAGAAAGCUAUACAAGAACAAGGUCGGGGUAGGAUUUUGGACACCAUAAACGAGAUACAAGAGAGGCAUGACGCAGUGAAAGACAUUGAGAAGAGUUUGAACGAGCUGCAUCAGGUGUUUCUUGACAUGGCCGUCUUGGUUCAGAACCAGGGUGAACAGCUCGAUACCAUUGAAGACAGCCUCAAACGAACCAAUACAAUUAUCCGUUCCGGUGCAGACCAGCUUGUUAAGGCGCGGUUCUAUCAGAAGAACACGCGUAAGUGGACUUGCUACGCCGUUUUGAUAUUGAUCAUUAUUGUGGUUUUAGUUGUGUUGUUUACGGUUAAACCUUGGGAAAAUAACAAUGGUGGUGGUGGAGGUUCGAACCGUCAAGCCACUCCGGUGCAAGCUCAACCACCUCCAUCGCAAGCCCGACGUCUACUUCGUUAAUUUUUGUUUUGUUUUUAGUUCGCUUGGUCUAUGCAUGGACCUCUUGCUUUGGAGAUUGACUGUUUAUCGUUUUAGUAAUGUUUUUGAUUGGUUCAAGUC